AUGUUCAAAAGAUCUCUGACCAAAGGACUUCAGUUUGUAUUUGUGGCACUGUCAAAUCCCAAGGUUUUCCCGAGCGACAAUGAUGAGAAAGAAAAGCCACGCGGUAACUGUGUCACGUUCUUCACGUACUUUGCAGAAAGUACCUCGUUUAUGGGAAUACCCAAGAUAUGGGCGUCGCCGCGACUUGUAUUCAAGAUUAUGUGGACGUUGUUCUUUCUUGGGGCAACGACAAUGAUGAUCAUUCAGCUUGUCGAACUCUUCACGACGUUUUACAAGUACCCCGUUAAGACGUCGGUGAAACUUGGCUUCACUGCACUGCCCUUCCCUGCCGUCACCAUCUGCAACAUGAACCCCAUCAAGCUGUCCAAGGCGAAUUUGCUCGAAUGCACGCUUCAGAAAACCCUCGAAAUCCCCACUGAAUACCAGAGUGAAGAAUGUUUGGACACCGAGCCAGUUGACUUGACCGAGUUCACGGAGACGGAAUACGUGUGCGACGAGGAUGGCUGUCGGGAGGAGGAAAUAGGCGGUCUGGACACCUUCUACCUGAGGAGGGAGCUGAUUGCCGAUUAUUUGGCAGGAGAAGACCCCGGGGUUCGUAAAGACGUUGGCCAUGACCUUGAAUCUAUGCUGAUGGAGUGCUCCCUCAAUGGACGAGGGUGCGAUGCCAGCAACUUCACGGCGUUUCUAUCCAAAGAUCUUGGGAACUGCUUCACGCUUAAGAACAAAGGGAUACAGGCCACGAAAAGCGGACCAGAAUCAGGUAAGGAUCAGGGAGGUAACUCGGGGGUGUGA